GGCUAGUACGUGCACAAAAGUCCCAAGAGGCCAGAUGUAAUUGUGAGGAACAGAUAGCAUCUUCACCUUCCUCCUCUCCUCUCCUCCAUCCUGCGAGCAGCCGCCCGGACAGAGAACGCAACAGGUCUAAUCUUGGAUAGUCUCAAACAAGCUUUUUUGACAUAGAAUUCAAAUUACUGUUGCUGAAAUUAAUUUAUUCAUCUUUAAAUUAUUAUUUUGACAAAAAGUAGAGCAACUGUAAGAAAAGAUGAUUAGAACAGCAAUGGAACACGUAAAGAGGCAUCCAGGGCUCAUCCCCCAGUUAUUCUUCAUCUUGUUGGGAAUGGGAGGAGCCUCCUUGUAUUUGGUCCGUCUUGCAAAGGGGCCCCAUGUCACCUGGAACAAGAAGAACAACCCUGAGCCCUGGAAUCAGCUUGACCCUACCUACCAGUACAAGUUUGUGGCCAUCGAUACUGACUACAAGAACCUGAAGAAGGAGGGACCUCAAUUCUGAGUAUCUUCCCUCUAUCCUAACGGCACCAAGUCCAGCCCGAAGAACGUCACUGAAGAAUUAAAAUCUGAGAAGAAUUUGUCUCUCAACACUUCUAAUGUAUAUAAAUAUUGGGAGAUUGAUCCAUAAUGUUAAUGUCUAUAAAUUUGUCUGUUUGUUUUAUCAUAAACACUUCAUUGUUAGUUUGACAGCCACUAAAUUUAGCAAUGAAUGUGCGCAUUAUGAAAAGAGGCAAAUUACAGUGAACAAAAAUAUACAAAUGCAACAUGCAACAAUUUCAAAAAUGUUACUGAGUUACAGAUCAUAUAAGGAAAUCAGUCAUUUGAAACAAACUAACCUGGCCUUUUGGAUUCUAGCUUGAAAUAUACUUAUUCAUGUUACCAUACCAGAACUUAGUGAUUACUUUACAUGAUGGGUUGGGAAGGUUACUUUCUAAAUGUAAUCCGUUACAGUUACUAGUUACUUGUCCAAAAUUGUAAUCAGUAACAUAACUUUUGGAUUACUAUUAGAUUACUUUCCCCUUAAGAGGCAUUAGAAGAAGACAAAAUGUAUGUUACCAAUUGAACAACAUCUUAUUGCAGGAUAAAUCCAUGUUGAAGUUUACAUAGCUGGCCAUAUAUGGAUGUUACAUUUUACUUUAUGGGGUGGUUAUGUAGGCUUCUUCUAAACCAUCGCUUUCUACUACAUAUAAUAAUACAAUUAAAUGAUAUCUUUACAUUUAAAAAUCAAAGUCUAUCAGAAUUCCAGACAUUCCAAUAAAUGUUAUACCCCUUGAUCUUCAAGAAUAGGACUUGGAAAUAUGGAAGAAUAGAUUAGCUAAAUAGUUUUACCUGAGUGUAACCCCAAAACUAAGGACUUAUUAGCCAGCCCUACACUGUUGUUUAUGAUUUUGUUGUCAUGGAGGACUGAUAGGGCUCAUUAAUAAAUGCUGCUCUCAUGGAAUGGCAUGCUUUGA